GUCAGUCUGUCAUGGACGCUCCCGAGAAGCCUCCACGUGGUACAGUUUUCCGGGAAAGCAGUAGAGUUCGGCGGAAUCUGCGAUAAAGUGUAAAUGCCUUUUGAACGGCUUUUUGCCCCGUAAACGAUCUGAAGCACCUGAACGGCAUUGUUGUUCCUUAUCUGAUCCCAGCAUGAGUGCAAGAGUUUCAGAGGACACAUAAAACUCGUCUGGAGAAAAAAAAAGAUUCUAUGUCUUAAAUUCCACUUCCAUAUAGGAGAAAUCGACUAGAUGUUACUAGUCCAUUAUGAAGCCUAAAAGAAACAAGUUUAAAGCAUCAUCUAAACCGAAACAAAGAGGCAUCAAAGUCACAGGGCAAUGGAAACCCAUUGAGAUCGACCCAAAUCUCUUCGCAGAUGAACAGCUUGGAGGCAUAAUAUGUUUUGAAGAACUUGCCAAUUACAAACUGGUGUCUUCCUUGAAAGAGGGAGAAGAAAAAGCUGCAAAAAGAAAACGUAAUGAUGAAGAUCUUGAAAAACUAUGUCCAGCCACUCCCCCCAAAAAGAGAAAAAAAGGAAAAAAAAUAGAACAUGGAGAAAGGAAGAAAGAGGAACUUGAAAUAGAGGAAAAAGUAACCCAACAGGAUGCCAGUUGCGAAAAAGCCCUUGUUGAGUAUGAGCAAGAUGAUUAUGAGCCAACGGAGGUCACAGGCCUGGAAAGAAACCUCCCCCAAAAAAAGAAGAAAGGGAAAAAGAAGAAAUCACGUUCUCCUCAAAAUGUUCUUGAACCAACUGGAGCUUCCAAAAAAGCUAAUAACUGGGCAGCCAAAGUCUUAUCCACAAAAUCAGAUCACAAAACGGAUGUUUCUGCAUGGAAGAGCCUCUUUGUUCCUAAACCUGUCCUUUUGGCAUUGAGUGAAUUGGGGUUCAGUACACCAACUCCCAUCCAAGCACUAACUCUACCAUCUGCAAUUCGAGAUAGCAUGGAUAUCCUUGGUGCUGCUGAAACAGGGAGUGGAAAAACUCUUGCUUUUGCCAUUCCGGUGAUCCAUUCCAUUCUACAGUGGUACAGCUCAGAAAACAUGACAAGCGGCAUGUUUGAAGAAGCAGCGGACAGUGAAGAUGAAAUGGCAAAGCAGCAGACAAGUGAAGAAACUAGACUAAAUUCAGAUACAGAUGAAACUAAUGCUUCUGCAGAUGACAAUGGGUCUGUGGCAGUAAACUCCAUGGAGUUAUUACAAGAUCCAGGAUUUGAUGUGGGUUCCCCAAAACAGAAUUCUGUUAAAAAUAAAAACAAUCCUCUUCUGGGAUUGGUCUUGACUCCUACAAGGGAACUGGCUGUCCAAGUAAAGCAUCAUAUUGAUGCAGUGGCCAAGUUCACAGUUUUUAACUUCUUCUUAAAGAGUCAUGAUUUAGAGGAAAAAAGUGAGCUUACCAAGUUUACACAGGCUUUUCUGAACGCUGUUUCAUUUCCAGAUACCUUGUAUAAAAACUUUCAAAUUAUUUUUCAUCCAUCUGACAGAUGCCUGGUGAUUGAUGAAGCAGACCGGAUGGUGGAGAAGGGGCAUUUUUUAGAGCUGUCUCAGUUGCUGGAAAUGUUGAGCGACACACAGCAUAACCCAAAACGUCAGAUAUUUGUCUUCUCUGCCACCCUGACUUUGAUCCAUCAAGCUCCCACUAGAGUUCUGCAGAAGAAAAAUGCUGUCAAAAUCGACAGGAAGACCAAGCUGGAAAUGUUGAUGCAAAAAGUGGGCAUCAGGGGAAAGCCCAAAGUGAUAGAUUUGACCAGAAAAGAAGCAACUGUGGAGACUCUUACAGAGACCAGAAUCCAUUGUGAUACAGAAGAGAAAGAUUACUAUCUUUAUUAUUUCCUGUUGCAAUAUCCAGGCAGAACCAUGGUUUUUGCAAACAGCAUAGAUUGUAUCAAACGACUCACUGCACUCUUGACCAUCAUGGACUGCAAUCCACUGCCUCUUCAUGCAAACAUGCACCAGAAGCAAAGGUUAAAAAAUCUGGAGAGAUUUGCCGAACAGAACAGCUGUCCCCUGUUGACAACAGAUGUAGCUGCUCGUGGUCUUGAUAUUCCUUAUGUACAGCAUGUCAUACAUUACCAGGUUCCCCGUACAUCCGAGCUUUAUGUUCACAGAAGUGGCAGGACCGCCAGAGCUGCCAAUGAGGGCCUGAGCUUGCUACUGAUUGGGCCCCAUGACUUGAUUAAUUUUAAAAAGAUUUAUAAAACGCUGAAGAAGGACGAAGAGCUUCCUUUCUUUCCAGUUGAGGCAAAAUACAUGUCAGCAAUCAAGGAGCGUGUGAAUUUGGCAAGGCAGAUUGAGAAGAUUGAGUAUUUCAACAGCCGAGCCAAGCACGAAAACUCAUGGCUCCAGCAAGCUGCAGAAGCACUUGAACUUGAUCUGGACGAUGAUGAGCUAACAGGGGGCCAGUUUACUGAGCGAGAAGAGAGCGAGAAGCACAGGAUGCUGAAGGGGAUGAAGAAACAGCUUAAGCACUUGCUCAAUCAGCCAGUAUUUAGAGGGCUUAUGAAAACCAAAUACCCAACCCAGUCGGGGAAAUUAGUUCUGUCUGACUACACAGGCCAGCAUUCUCAGUCUGCCUUGAGUGCUAUAUCAAAAGCACAAGUGAAGAAGGUAAAGAAGAAAUAAUAAUAGACACAUGUUAAACAAUUGACAGAACAUAUGAAGAUGAAAGAUAGAAACAUUUUCUUUCCCCCUUUU